CAUCUCCAUCCCUUGAUCCCCAUGCCACUUCUCCAAGCUCCCCAGUUCCCUCACCCAACCGCUCCUCUCAUCAUCAAUACCAGAUUUAAAAGCAAACCCCUCAUCCCCGACCCCAUCCAUUGCUGGGCGCGAUAGCUUCGAUCGCCUCCCCUCCUUCCUUCCCUCGUCUUUGUACAGUGGGAGGGGAAAGUCGAGAAAACUCGAGUUACCAGAGUUUGCACUUCCAAUGUGAAUGAAGCCUUAUAGGUUGCGGAGCUACCGAGGCCCCGUUCGUUCCGUUCCGUUGUUCUUUUCAGUGAGUUACCCGACAAAAGUCUCGGCCUCACCCUCCAUUCCAAAGCUGACCCCGCACCUUCCCCUUUCUCUCCCUAAAGGCGUAAAUCCAGCGCAGAGAAUUAGCCUUCAAUUCAUGAAGGAUUGCUCGGUUGGGGCGUCUAGGUUUUCUCUCGCCCAGGAUGUGAAUCUCCUAAUGGCCUGCCCCUAGGGUUUACGGCCUCGGCUCCAAGAAGCGGAGGGGGUGGGGGGGCUCGCCGGAUCGCCGCGACGACAUGGGAAACUGCUGCCGCUCGCCGGCCGCCGUCGCCCGGGAGGACGUCAAGUCCCACUUCACCGCCGCCGCCGCCAACCACCACCACCAAGGUUCCGGCGCCGCUGCCAAGAACCACCACUACAACGCCGGCGCUGGCGGACACCCCAAGCGGCCGACUGUCCUCACCGGCGGCGCCUGCGACGCCAUCCUCGCUGGCGGCGUCGAGGAGAAGUACCUCCUCGACUGCGAGCUCGGGCGGGGGGAGUUCGGGGUCACCUAUCUCUGUAUGGAGCGGGACACAAAGGAGCUUCUUGCCUGCAAGUCGAUCUCGAAGCGGAAGCUCCGGACGGCCGUCGACGUCGAGGACGUCCGGCGGGAGGUCGCGAUCAUGCGCCACCUCCCCAGAAACCCCAGCAUCGUGAGCUUGAGGGAGGCGUGCGAGGACGAGAAUGCGGUGCAUUUGGUGAUGGAGUUGUGCGAGGGCGGGGAGCUUUUCGACCGCAUCGUGGCGCGGGGGCAUUACACCGAGCGGGCCGCCGCCACCGUCACCCGGACCAUCGUCGAGGUCGUCCAGCUCUGCCACCGGCAUGGGGUGAUCCACCGGGACCUCAAGCCGGAGAACUUCCUUUUCUCCAACAAGAAGGAGAACUCGCCAUUGAAGGCGAUCGAUUUUGGGUUGUCGAUAUUCUUCAAGCCUGGAGAAACGUUCUCUGAGAUUGUCGGAAGUCCAUACUACAUGGCUCCUGAAGUUUUGAAGCGGAAUUAUGGGCCGGAGAUAGAUAUAUGGAGUGCAGGAGUAAUUCUCUACAUACUAUUAUGUGGAGUUCCCCCAUUUUGGGCUGAAACUGAACAAGGGGUUGCACAAGCCAUUCUUCGGGGGCUUAUAGAUUUUAAGCGUGAACCAUGGCCAAAUGUUUCAGAAAAUGCUAAGAAUCUGGUCCGGCAGAUGUUGGAACCUGACCCAAAAGUUAGACUAACAGCAAAGCAAGUUCUAGAACAUCCAUGGCUUCAAAAUGCUAAAAAAGCUCCGAAUGUUCCUCUUGGAGAUGCUGUCAAGUCGAGGCUCAAACAGUUUUCAAGGAUGAAUAGAUUUAAAAGGAGAGCUUUAAGGGUCAUUGCAGAUCAUUUGUCUAUUGAAGAAGUUGAAGACAUAAAAGAUAUGUUUAAGAUGAUGGACACUGAUAAUGAUGGCGUCGUUUCAUAUGAGGAACUGAAAAAUGGACUUGCAAAAUUUGGUUCCCAUCUUGUGGAGUCUGAAGUGCAGACGCUUAUUGAAGCUGUAAGGGCAGAUACCAAUGGAAAAGGAAAGCUAGACUAUGGGGAGUUUGUUGCAGUGUCUCUUCAUUUACAGAGAAUGGCAAAUGACGAGCAUCUCCACAGAGCCUUCUCAUACUUUGAUAAGGAUGGGAAUGGCUACAUUGAGCCAGAAGAGCUUCAGGAGGCCUUGGUGGAGGAUGGAGCUGGAGCUGCUGACAGCACGGAUGUGGCAAAUGAUAUCUUACUAGAAGUUGACACUGACAAGGACGGAAGAAUAAGCUACGAUGAAUUUGUGGCAAUGAUGAAAACCGGAACAGAUUGGAGGAAGGCAUCACGACAUUACUCAAGAGGAAGAUUCAACAGUCUCAGUGUCAGGCUAAUGAAGGAUGGUUCUCUAAACCUGGGUGGUGAGUGAAAUGACAGCCAGAGGUCUUGUUUGUUUGUCAUUGAAAGCUGAUGCUCUCCAACCUUUUUUCUUUUUUUCCACAUUAUUUUGGGGGGGAUUAGUUAGGUGGCGGCCCUUGAUUGGCUUACCCUGUAAUUAGUUCUUCAGCUAGCAUGGUGAGCAUUUGCGUUGCUGUGUUUGUUUGCAUGUGAAGAUGCCGCCGUCUGAUACACAUGCUGGAUUGCAAUAUUGGGUUUGUUGUAAUUUUAAGAUGCACAAUAUUGGUUUUUAAUAGCCAUUGUUCAUUUAUAUAGAAGUUAUGAACUGAUUUGCUGUAAGCAGAUCACUUUAUGGGAUAA